AUGAUCAUGAACCACGACAAAUCGAACCCUGCAUCGAGCUGGUGAACAGACAAGACAACGAGCCGAGUCGACGACAAGAAACUUCGAUCGCAAGAGAUACUCGCAGCGUGUUUUGCACUGGGGAGUCGGAAUCCGGUUCUCUGUGCGCAUAAACGUUUUGCGCAAGUCGCUCCACCACGCAACGAUAUAGAAUACAAGAACAAACCGUCACAAUGGCAGCGACCGCUUUCCUUCCUCGCCUCGCAUCCCCCUUCUCUCUCGCUGUCUCUCGCUGGGCGACAUUUUACACCACGCCAUAUACCCUGAAAUUCCUUCCCUCACUAUCAAUUGCUGUCCCUGGCGUCACCAUCAACAUUCCUGGACUGCUGGGCGAUAUCUGGGAAUCGGUCCUGCGGGCAGUGCCCAAGAACAAGGUCUCUCACUCAAAAAAGAGAUCGAGGCAGAUGGCUGGAAAGGCCUUGAAAGAUGUUAAUCAUCUGUGCAAGUGUCCCGGCUGCGGAGAAAUCAAGAGGACACACAGAUUAUGCCAGCACUGUCUUGAAGAAAUGAAGAGAAUAUGGCGUCAGGAUUAUCCUACGAGCAGUCCAUUUUAAGCGCGCAGGUUGAUAGACGGCUGGAUUCCCUCUCACCUAUGUCAAAGGCCGAUGUACUACGACCUCGGGCCAGAUCGAGCAUACCAGCUGGCAUUUGCCUUAGUCAAUGCUUUGUCUCAUUAUGUACCAAUAUGAAAAUCAGGAUAGAGGGCUGGAUGGUAGAAAAAAAACACUCCAAACAGAUGUAUAAAAAAAAUUACGAAUACAAGAACUGUUAUAACUUGCG